CAAGGUGAAUCUGCGAGGGAGAGAAGGAAGACGAGAGGUCAGUUGAAUCGAAAGUGAUUUUGGUUGUGAAUUUGUGCUCGCCGUUUGUCUCAGUCGAGGUCCCAUGUUCAGUUCGCUCUCUAAAACCCUACUUCGCCGUCCCCUCUUCUUGCCCAUCGCUCUCAGAUCAAUCUCCACCGCCACCUCGAAUCCACCCUCUUUCGCUUUCUCUUAUCUCGUGAAUUCAUGUGGGUUGUCUGCGGAAUCGGCGUUAUUCGUUUCCAAACGCGUCGUCUUCGAAACCUCCGCGAGACCCGACGCGGUCAUUAACGCCUUGAAGAGCCAUGGUUUCUCUCAAUCCCAGAUUUCGGGUGUGAUUAGGAAGUGCCCUCGGCUGAUUGUGGCGAGUCCCGAUAGGACCCUCUUGCCUAAAUUGAGGUAUCUGCGCUCUGUCGGCUUUUCCGGCUUUGACCUGGCGACGAUGAUCACUGCUGCUCCCUACUUAUUGACUAGGAGCUUAGAGAAGCAUCUCAUCCCCAAUUUUGGUAGGCUUCGGGACUUCCUUCGGGGCAAUGAGUACGCGGUUUUGGCUAUUAGACGCAGUCGGAGAAUAUUGCUACAAGGUUUCGAGGUUACCAUUGAUCCCAUCGUCAAGAUUUUGAGAAACAACGGAGUGCGUGAAUCAAGCAUUCUGUGGUUAGUUAAGUGUCAGUCCAGGACGCUGAUGACGUCGUGCAAUCGCCUCGAGGAAAUUGUGGAGAAAACCAAGGGGAUGGGCUUUGAUGAUCCUUCUAUGUCAAAGUUCGCUGUGGCUAUGUUAGCGGUUGCAGGGAUGACCGAAUCGAUGUGGGAGAGGAAAUUCGAUGCUUAUGGCAGGUGGGGUUGGUCGAGAGAUGAUGCCAUGAGAGCUUUUGUGAAGUGUCCUUGGUGUAUGAUUUUGUCCGAAGGAAAAAUAUUGGCAGUGAUGGGAUUCUUUGUCAAGGAAAUGGGGUUCGAAUCUUCAUUUCUUCUGCGACACCCUACGUUGAUGUCGCUGAGCUUAGAAAAACGGAUUCGUCCUCGAUGUUUGGUUUUUAAACAUCUGUCGUCGCAUGGUUUGAUGAAGACAAAGAUUGGCUUGACUACCCUGUUGUCGAUGUCGGAAGAAGACUUCCUGGAGAAGUUUGUGACCCCUCAUCUCGAGGAAGCUCCGGAAUUGCUGGAUAUGUAUCGGGAGAAGAAGCAUAUGGCAACGAGGACUCUGGUUCCGUAAAAUGGCGUAGGGUACCAAAUAAUUGGCUUGUCCCUCUUUCAUUUAAGGUUGUCAUUCUGUUUAUUUUGUGUCUCAACUUUUGGCUGCUGAUUCUUUUGAAUUGUACGGUGUAUCGAUAGAGAAUGCCUACCAUAUUUUGUGAAACCCUGGAGAAUGUCCAUUGUUUCGUAUUCUCCCUUU